CUGAUAAGAAUAAUUCAUCGUAGUUAUAACUAAUACUGGAGUGUGGCGGCAUAUUGAGGGAUCCGAAUGAUCAUCUUUACAUUCCUUUUGGCUAUUGUGUCUGUGGCAAAUGGCGCAACUCAAGGAGUUAAAAUCACACAAACUUGGAAUGGUGGUUUCCACGGGACUUUUACAAUUGUUCCAGAUCACACGGUGAAUGGAUGGAAAGCACAUUUCAAAUGCGAUAGGGGCCUUGACAAGUUUGAGACAUGGAAUGCCAAUAUAGUAAGCAAACUAAAUGGUAAUACAGAUUUUGUUCUAACCAAUAAUGCUGGUAAUGCCCACAUUCAGGGAGGCCAAAGUGUGGAUUUCGCAUUCAAUGGAUUUGUCUCAGGGAAUCCUCCAACCUGUACGAUUAGUUUGGAAGGACAAACACAAUCAGGUGGAAAUGUAGGAACUGUUAGUCAUACAACACAAAGUCCACAAAAUCCUGCAGUGUCAUCAGGUCCAUUGAAUCCAGUGACACAUGCUCCAAGUCAUCAGGGAGGAGCACAUGGUGCACACAUGAAACAUGAUUACGGAGAAGCGCUUAAAUUGUCAAUGUUGUUUUAUUAUGCACAAAGAUCUGGUCGGAUAUCUGGCACAUUCAAUCCAGUUCCAUGGCGAGGUGACUCGGCAGUAAAUGAUGGUGAUUCAGGCCAUGAUUUGUCGGGAGGAUGGUAUGACGCGGGAGAUCAUGUUAAAUUCAACUUGCCGUUGUCACAGUCUGUCCACGCACUAGUUUACGGAUUUGAACGGUUUAUGGAUGGAUAUGACGCACUUGGAAAGAAAGAUGAGAUGUUUGACAUGUUAAAAUGGCCACUCGAUUACUUUAUGAAAUGUUGGAUUCCAGAUCAACAAAUUUAUUACUUUCAGGUUGGCGAUGGUCACAAGGAUCAUGCUUAUUGGGGACCACCAGAAAAUAUGCAUAUGUGGAGACCAGCACUGAAGCUCGAUGCAGGUCAUGGUGGUAGUGACGUUGCUGGUGGAACUGUCGCAGCGCUUGCAUCAGCCGCCAUCAUAUGGAAGCAAAAAGAUGCCGGAUACAGUACCAGACUCCUGUCAGCAGCCAAGUCGUUAUACGAUUUUGCUAACACUCACCGCGGUGUGUAUACACAAACUGUACCUGCAAGUAAAGACUUCUAUGGAUCUGACAAUUAUCGUGAUGAAAUGUGCACGGCUGCUGCAGAAUUGUACAGAGCAACAAAGGACGCUAAAUAUCUGAAUGACGCCAAAGGGUUUUAUCAGUCCGACGUACCAUGGAGUUACAACUGGGGAGAUAAAACCGUCAUGUGUCAGUUACUUUUGUUUGAAAUAACGAAAGAAGCAAAAUACAGACAAAAUGUAGAAGCUUUUGUGACGUCAUGGUUGCCUGGUAAUGGCGUACCGUACACACCAUGUGGACUUGUAUUCAGAAACGAAUGGGGAGCAAACAGAUAUGCAGGUAAAGACUCUCCAAACAAUUGUGUUUUUAGUUCUAUCUUAGUUUUUGAAAGCAAUGGUGCAUUUAUUGCUGUUUCCGCAGCAUUGGCUGGUAUCGGUGGUGAUAGUUAUCUGAAGUGGGCCAUGACACAAAUGAAUUACAUGCUGGGUGACAAUAAUUACCACAUGAGUUACGAAAUAGGGUUUGGUAACAAUUAUCCACGCCAUCCACAUCACAGAGGAGCUUCUUUUGGACAUGUGCUAAAAGGUGGAUUAGUUGGUGGACCGGGUCAGCAUGAUGAUUAUGUGGAUAAACAAGACGAUUAUGUGAAAAACGAGGUGGCUUGUGAUUAUAAUGCUGGUUUUCAUUCCGCUGCAGCAGGUUUAUAUCAUUUUUACGUAAACAACAGACUUCCUCAAUCACCACCAUCUAAAUGUUAGUGAUAGAAACCAUAAGGACAUUUGUUUUUAUUCAGUAUUAAUAAAUAUGUAUGAAGAUACAAAUCCAGUGUCACUAUAAUUGAUA